AUGAGGUUAGACAAAAAUAAUUGUUUUGAAUUUCUUGAAUAUUAUUCAGGCAUUGAAUCAAAUGAAAAGAUAUUAGAGAUUUGUGAUUUCAUUUCUUCGCAUUUCUUCGAAAUUGAUGAAAAUAAACUCAAAUCAAUUUCUCCAUAUAUUGGAUAUGACAAUAUCGAAAGAAUAAUAAAGAGCAAAAAGCUCUUUUUAAAAGACGAAGAUUCUCUGGCAAAUUUCAUUGUUUCUCUCUCAAGAAAAAGUGAAACAUUCUAUCCAUUAAUCGAACAUGUUCAUUUGGAGUUUUGUAGUGAAGAAAUAAUCAAUAAACUUGUUGAUAUAAGUGAUGAAAAUAGCAGCAUCAAUAUUAUCAAAUCUCUUCGCGAUUCUUUAAUAAGAUCAAGAUAUGUUUGCCAUAAUUAUAAUCGUUACAAUAUUCCUAAAGAUUUCAGAUCAAAUGUUUCCAAAUACAAGAACUCUAAUGAUUUUCAUGAUGCCUAUGAAAUCCUUGAAGAAUUCAAUCAUAUUAUGAUAUUGAUUGCAAACAAAGAAUUUAUCAGUGAAUAUAAGUUUACAUUUCUUAAUAAAAUUUUACUCAAAGCAUCUAAAUACGGAAAUUUAACAAUUGUUAAAUCCCUUAUUGAAAAUGGUUGUGAUAAAGAAGCACAAGAUAAAUAUGGAUAUACUCCGCUCAUAUGGGCAUCAGAAAAUGACCAUCUCGACAUUGUUCAAUACCUCAUCUCUAUUGGAGCUGAUAAAGAAGCCAGGAAGGAUGAUGGAACUACUGCGCUCAUGUGUGCAUCAUAUAAAGAUCAUCGUCAAAUUGUUAGAUACCUUAUUUCUGUUGGAGCUGAUAUAGAAGCAAGGAAUAUUGAUGGAUGGACUCCCCUACUUCUUGCGGCAUUAGCUGAUCAUUUUGAAGUCGUUGAAUAUCUUAUCUCUGUUGGAGCUGAUAUGGAAGCAAAGAAUAAAUAUGGAGAAACUAUUCAUAAUGUUUCCUCAGAUCAGAUGAAAGAUUAUUUGUUAUCAAUUAAAAAUUAA